AUGUCUCUAUUCCAGAAAAAAACGAUUCCAGGUCGAUUGGGUCACACAAUUGUCUCGUUUGUUCUUUUCUCAGAGAAUAUAAGGGAAGAAUCGUCAAUUACAGAGGAAGGUACGUAUGCUUAUAGCUGUGUAUAUACUCUUUAUUCAGCUAAUGUAGAGAGCAAUAGAUCAGUAACAAACAACGAUGAUCGCCUUGGAGCCCACGACCAAAACGACAUAGUCCAUACUAGUUCCUCUGAUACAACAACAUCUAAAGACUACAAAUUAGACUCUUUUUGGGAUUUUAGUCCGGACGAUCUUUGCUACUACAAAGAACAUGCGAAGAUACAAAAUAAAAAUUUUAAAAAUAAUGUUGCAUACAACAGAAUAGUUACAAGUAUCGAUUUAGAUGAAACAAAGCGAUUGCUUUACGGUACAUGGGAUCCUGAACAAAGUGAACGGAUUUGGAAUAAUGUUAAUGGCGGUGAUUCCGAAGAAGAUGAAGUUUUCACUGAUAUGCAACUGGUUUUAGAGGAGGACCUCCUCAAACCCAGAAAAGUACCAAAUGUUUUACUUUCUACAAACCAUAUCCGUGAUUUCGUCAAGUAUGAUAUUAAUGAUUAUGAUGAAGAGGACAAUGUAGAGCCGAACUUUCGGUAUAAUCAAAAGAUGUUACUUAUGUUUGGCGGAGCAUUCCCUAAUGACGCUAUUCUUGAUUCUAUUCCUCUGAACUCAAUGCACUCGGUAAUAUACGGUGAUCUAGAUGUUACCAAUAAUUUGUACAUGUCCCACGUUGACUACUAUAAUAACGAAUGGACGCUUUUGGACUGCAUUAACACUCCAGAACCCAGAGCAUUUCACGCAUCAUGUAUUAUUUAUGUGACUAUAGAUACACCAAUCCUUAUUGUACACGGAGGUUUUGGGGCAAAAAGGAAAGUAUUACCUAGCGAGAUUUACAUUUUAAAUUUAAGUAACAAAACACUAAAGUGGGACACAUUCUUUACUAAUGGACCUCUGCCGCAAAGAAGAUAUGGCCAUAGUAUAUCACAUAUUGGAAACUAUUUGGUAAUUUUUGGUGGAACAAAUGGAAAGCAGUUAUUUAAUGAUGUUUGGACCCUGAACAUUAACAAUGGAAUUUAUAUUGAGCCAGGAAAACUCUCUGCAAAUUGUUGGAACAAAUUAGAAUUUAAUACUCUUUCUCCAUCUCCUAGAGCGUUUCAUUCGUGUACAAAAGUAGGCAUUUCAUCCAAUUCUCCAAUGGUUGUUUAUGGAGGUGAAGUUAAUGAGGAUCAAGUGAGAAGCCGCAUUUAUGCUUUGCAUGUUAUUAAUGAUGAGAGAAUUAUUUGGACUAUUCUACCUGUAUAUGUUAAGUGUCCUUCGGAGGCCAGAGCCUUUCACUCAAUGGCAUUUAUUGACAAUAAAUUUGUAAUAGCUGGUGGUAUUGAUCUAAAGUCUAAUGGUCUUGCAAACUUACGCACACUAAUUUACUCUUUAGAGAAGAAAACAUUUCAUUAUUGUGACGAUACUAUCAGUACGAUUUGCCAUCAAUCUUGGUCAGCAUUUGGUAUAAUAUAUCAUUGGGGAGGAUUGUCACAAUAUUACGGGAAGAACCAAUUAGAAAGCACUACAAAUGUUUCAAAUCCAAUUUUUUAUAGUGAUGACCGAAACAUAGAAGAGAUUUAUUUUAACUUCCUUCAACAAAACACAUUGCAGGCUCUUCAAAAUGACAUUAGCAUCGAUGAUCCUUUGGUUUUUCAUUCUUCCAACGAAAAGGAAUCCAAUGAAUUAGACAAUCAAGUUAUAAUAGAAGUUUCACAGCCAGAAUUAUCACAUGAAUUAAAAUUGGAUACUCCCAAAACAGAAGUGCCUACAUUUAAGGGAAGACCACGACGAUCUGCAGCAAUAAAAUGUUUGAAUGCUAUAGAAUUGGACAAUUUGAAACGAAUGCAAGCUAAUGAAAAUACAACAGAAACAAACACUGACUCCGCGGGAAAUGAUAAGGAAAAUAAUCACUCUGAUUGA